GGUUUGUGCUGGGAGUUGGUGGAGCGGUGCAGCGCUCUUAAGAACCAGCGGCUUGGGCGCGGGUAAUCAGCUCCCUUCCCCCCACCUUUUCCACCUCUUCUAGGUUCUUGGGACAGCUGCGGAGCUUCCGGACCUGAUGCGGGCGCCCUGUGUUGGACUGUCCCAGCUUGCUCCUCUACUGCUCCGGGUGCUCCCGCGCCCAGACUGGUUUCCGGGGAUUGUGACUUGCAGGGUCCGCCAUGGAGCCAGAGCAGAUGCUGGAGGGACAGACGCAGGUUGCAGAAAACCCUCACUCUGAGUACGGUCUCACAGACAAUGUCGAGAGGAUAGUAGACAAUGAGAAGAUUAAUGCAGAAAAGUCAUCAAAACAGAAAGUGGAUCUCCAGUCUUUGCCAACUCGUGCCUACCUGGAUCAGACAGUUGUGCCUAUUUUAUUACAGGGACUUGCUGUGCUUGCGAAAGAAAGACCACCAAAUCCCAUUGAAUUUCUAGCAUCCUAUCUUUUAAAAAACAAGGCACAGUUUGAAGAUCGAAACUGACUUACUGGGAAGAACAGAAAAUUUUGAUUUCUACUGUAGAUUUACAUGAUUAAGAGGCAGCUUUAAUUGCCAUGAUUUUUCCCCCUUUUUUGGAAGAACCGUCAGGACAACAGAACUUAUUUCCGGAAUUGCAGAAGAAAACAUAUAUUCCUUAUUUUGAUUUAAUCACCAUACUUAUUUAAUGAGUAUAUUCUGUGCAAUUUUUUCUCAGAUUGUCUUUAACUUUGUUUUUAAAUGACGUUCAAAAUAAACUGUUAAAAUGUCA